GCAGUCGACCAGAUCUUACAAACACAACAGGUACAGGUCUCCGCUGUUUCCUUGGAAAUCCUCAGCUGUACUUGAAAGGAGAAAAUUAAAUUUGUUGUCAAACCUUCGGCGAGAUUAAGCUGAAAUCAGACGGUACAAAGACACCAAACUUUGUCGCAACGAACGAUUAACCCACAUGUAACGGCAGGGCAGCUCCAUCUUUCAGUCUUGGCAAGCUAAAAAAAGAUUGGAGUUCGCGGGAGAACAUAAUACUGCAUCAAUAAAAAUGAGUUCGACGAAAACAACUGUCAGUUUCUUAACGUAUUUAGUAGUCGUGUUUACACUGAGUGCUCAAGUGAUCGAUGGCGCAAAGGAUAAAGUCACAUUUGGCCCAAAGGCACAAAUCCCCGAUGACAAGUUAUUUCAAGAUCAAGUGGCUUUCUGCGAAGGAUGUUACGGUUUUGUUCAAGAGAUUCACAAACUCCUGAUGAAGUGGUCUAAGGAGAAGGGUUCCAUCGAGGACCACAUAGACGCAGCCAUGGUCGCCGUUUGCAGCACAGAGAGACUCAGGUCUUACGUUCUAUCACCACCAAAAAUGGAGAGACUUUGCGCAGGAAUCAGAGCACAUUACGAAGACGACAUUGGAUUGGCUUUAUUGACUCAUUACGGGAAGAGGAAACCCGACGUGGAAAAAGUAUUUUCAGAAGUCUGCAAGAAAGCCAUCCCUGCUUGCCCUAAAAACAUGAAGCCCAUGUCAGUGGGAAGAAAGGAACAAAGAGAAAAGGAAGCGAAGGAAAAAGCAGCAAAAGAGAAGUCAGAGAAGCAGAACACAUCAACGAAUGAGGAGGAAGAGAAGAAGAAAGAAGGAAAAACGUCGGAAAAGAGGAAACAGAAAACGGGAAAGAAGAGUAAGAACAAGCAAAAGAAAGAUGAGUUAUAGAUUGGAUCCUGUGGCGUUUAAAGGAUGACAUCAACCUCGUCAUUUAUAUUUAUUAAUUUUCUUUCUUCGGAGGAGCAUCGUCUUUGUAAUGAAGUGACAAACAAACAAACAAACA